CAAGUAAACUUGUUUUUAUUUUGUUUUUGUUGGAUAUUAACUUACCUACACCGAACUUGGGUUUUGUUGGCUAGUCUAGUAAUCAAUAAUUUUCAUUUCUCCCGUGUUCUGGACACGACUGGUUUGGAAGUGAAAUUUGCUUUGAAGCACUGCGAACUGCGAAGUAUCAGACCUGUUCUAGAGAAUUUAAAACGUUGUAUUAAUUACGGGGUUUGAUUGAAAAGUCUAAACGCAAAAUGAAAGUAAUAGGUCUGACAUGGACACAUCGGAAAUCGAAUUCCCUCGGCUGGAACUAAUGGUCGCAACCGAUUUAAAACUGGGAAUUGGAAAGGAAAAUAAAAUGGCCUGGCACCUGCCAACCGAAUUUUCCUACUAUCGACGGAUGACUACGUGCGCAAAUGGAUCGGAAAAAGUGCACGCCUCCAUAUUCGCUACCAAGACCUGGCAGUCCAUCCCACCGGAAAUGAAACCUUGGGGCAAUACCAUAUGUUUCAUUUUGAGUCGCUCCAUGACGGAAGAUGAUGUGCGAAACUACAGCGACGUCUACGUCCAUUCAAGUCUUGAAGAAAUCAUUGCUCACAUGCGUCAAACAGAUAUGAGAAAACGUAUCGAUCGGGUCUGGAUGCACGGAGGAGGGUUUGGCUACAAGGAGGCCCUUCGUUCAAAGCAUUUCUACCGAUUGUAUCAUACCAAGAUCGACGCUGAAUUUUCGUGCGAUGUGUUUUUCCCUAGAUACGACGAAUGCCAACUUCAAAUAGUUGACGAUCCCGAUGUCCCUCAAGGGAUUCAACUGGACCGCGGUAUCAGUUAUCAAAUCCAUGUCUAUGAAACCACUGGCGUUUGCCCUUUACUCGAUGCUCCUUGAGCCCAAUUUAAUGUCCUAACCUGCAAAAUGAUUGAAAUCGAUAUUUCAUUAUGAUGCUCUCUAACGGAAACAUGUCCCAGUGUUUGUAACAGUAACCUGAUUUAUUAUUUGAUGACUCAAAAAACAUUCCCGAGCAAAUAAACGAAUCGACGAUAUUGCGGGAAAGUAGGACACCAAUCAAACAAGUUGGGUUGUGAGAAAAUAAAUAAUGGGAAAUCGAAAAC